AUGGAAGUGGAAUUGUUUGAUGUAUGGGGUAUCGAUUUCAUGGGCCCAUUCGUGAGUUCUUAUGGGCAGAAGUAUAUAUUGGUUGCAGUGGACUAUGUAUCCAUAUGGUUUGAGGCCAUUGCUUUGCCUCUGAAUGAUGGCAAGAGUGUAGCUAGUUUUCUGAAGAAGAAUAUAUUCUCAAAGUUUGGCACACCCAGAGCUAUUAUCAGUGAUGGUGGUUCCCACUUCUGCAACAAGGUUUUCAGUGCGCUUUUGACCAAGACAGAUUGGGCACGAAAGCUAGAUGAUGCUAUAUGGGAAUAUCAGACAGCUUUCAAGACACCUAUUGGUAUGUCUUCAUAUCAAUUGGUGUUUGGAAAGGCAUGUCAUUUACCGGUUGAGCUUGAGCAUAGAGCAGUCUGGGCGUUGAAGAAGCUAAACCUCAAUUGGAGCAAAACUGCAAACUUGAGGUUGGAUCAGAUCAAUGUGAUGGAUGAGUUCUGUCUGAGAGCCUAUGAGAGGUCGGCACUGUAUAAGGAGAGGAUGAAGCUAUAUCAUGACAAGAAUAUUGAGAAAAGAAGCUUCACUCCUAGUGACUUGGUUUUACUCUUCGACUCCAGACUUCGUCUGUUUCCAGGCAAGUUGAUAUCCAAAUGGUUCGAACCUUUUAAGGUCACACAGGUGUUUCAAUCUGGUGCUAUUGAGAUGGAAAAUGAUAAAGGCGAGAGGUUCAAAGCUAAUGGCCAGAAAAUCAAGGUAUAUUUGGGUGUUCUUGAGGAUGUGAAGAUUGUAGAGGAAUGCAAACUUGAUGAAGUCUGA